AUGCUUGGUGGCAACUACCACGCAACUCAGGAGUUCUUCAAGCAAUAUGGAUGGACAAACAGUGGCGAUAUCGAGGCAAAGUACACUUCAGAAGCUGCUCAUUCGUAUAGCCAGAUUCUUGCUAAGGAAGUUACUGAAGCCAUGGCGGAAGAAACUAGUACUGCUCUACCUCCAAAAGCCACCGGUGCCACUUCUUCCCCUAAAAAAGCUUCUUAUACAGUUGUUCACAGUACGUUUAGGAAACGUAUAUGUGUAAAAGGGACGAGAAAAAUUGGUAGUUUUGGUGCACCAACUACUACAAAGGUAUUGAGGAUGGAAAUUAUAGCCAGGCCGAAUACAGUAGUGGCUACAGCUGUGAACGUCAGUGCACUUGCUGUGCAGACGGCUGAUGAAUUUACUGCAGGUUUUGAGGAUGGAGCAGAGAUUCUGGCCGGACAGAAUGAUGUAGUGGCUGCAGCUGUGAACGUCAAUGCACCUGACUUGCAGAACGCUGAUGGAUUUGCUGCAGAUCUUGAGAAUACGAGCUUUCAAGAGAGGCCAGUUAACCGAAGAAGAAGCAUGUGA